AUGGCAGAUACAGCAGUAGCUUCCGAAACUCCCGCUCCGGCGACUCGGGCGAAAAAACCGAAGGCCGCCGCUACUGCAGCAGGUGGUGCAAAGAAGCCCAAGGCGAAACCCACUCAUCCGAAGACUUCCGAAAUGGUCACCAGCGCAAUUAAAGAGCUGAAAGAGCGCAGUGGAUCAUCUUUGCAAGCGAUAAAAAAAUAUAUUGCCGCUCAAUAUAAAGUCGACGCUGAAAAACUAGCUCCGUUCAUCAGAAAGUACCUGAAGAGCGCAGUCGAAUCGGGUGCGCUUAUACAGACAAAGGGCAAGGGGGCUUCCGGUUCCUUUAAGCUUGAAUCAAAAUCGUCCGCCUCUAAGAAACCGUCGACGGGUAAGAGCAGCGGUGGCGCAAAGAGCGGCGCGUCCGCCGCUAGCUCGGUGUCGGCGAAGGUGAAGAAGAGCACCGCCGCGGGUAAGGGUAAAAAGACAGCAUCGGCAGCGACCGCAUCAUCACCGUCUAAGGCAAAACCGUCUGCAGCUACCAAGGACAAGAAGGCGGCCGCCGCGAAAAAGAAGCCGGCAGCCGCAAGAAAAUCCGCAACCGCUUGCCAAAGCGGCGUUUCUAAGGCGAAAGGCGCCGCUUCGAAGGCGAAAAAGAGCGCCAAACCACCGACAAAGAAACCUAAGGCUCCAAAACCGAAGAAGGCGGCAACACCCAAAUCGAAGCCUUCCGCGGCGGCAUCGAAGAAGGCAGCCGCUUCUAAAAAGUAA